GGGGGGUGACAAGGGACAUAUAGGUGGCCUCUGCUGGUGAGAAAUACCUAGUACAGGUGAAAGGGUGGCGGCCAGAGGGAGUUCCCACCGGUUGAAUUCUUAAAGUCAUGAAGACUCAAGAAAAAUAACAAGGAGUGGCCGAUUCGAGUCUUUUGGACUUGCCCAGAGCUCCACCCUCGGACAGAGGAAAAGCCCCUGGGGACCCAGGCGGGAGCAUCAGACAAGCGCGAGAAAAGCGCCUGUGUGCGCGCUCCACCUCUGCGCAGCGGGUGCGGGGCGGUGACCUGUCCCUUGAGCUGGCCAUGGCGGCUGUGGGAUCUAUGCGCUCCGGGAGCCCUGCCUUCGGCCUGGGACACCUGUUGACCCUUGCGAUCCUUGCACUUGCCUCUGAUGCCUGUAAAGAAGUCGUCCUCCAGGUCCCCUCUGAACUACCUGCCGAGAAAUUUGUUGGCAGAGUGAACCUGAUGGACUGCCUUAAAUCAGCAGACAUAGUUCAUCUGAGUGAUCCUGACUUCCAAGUCUUAGAAGAUGGUUCUGUGUACACAACCAGUUCUGUUGUUUUGUCCUCGGGGCAAAGAAGCUUUACUAUAUGGCUUUUUAGCACAGACAGCCAAGAAGAAAGGGAGAUAUCUGUCCAUUUAGAGGGCCCAGUAGAGAUCUUUCUUGGUCCCUGGGCUCUGGCUAGUUGCUGGUACUAAAUAAAAGACCGCAUACAGAGAAGGUUCUCAGCCGUGCCAAGAGAAGAUGGGCUCCUAUCCCUUGUUCCAUGCUAGAGAAUUCAUUGGGUCCCUUCCCACUUUUCCUUCAACAGAUCCAGUCUGACACAGCUCAAAACUAUACCAUAUACUAUUCCAUCAGAGGUCCAGGAGUUGAUAAAGAACCUCUAAACUUAUUUUAUGUGGAAAGAGAUACUGGAAACCUGUAUUGCACUGGUCGUGUAGAUCGUGAGCAGUAUGAGUCCUUUGAGCUGACUGCAUUUGCAACAACUCCAGAUGGGUAUACGCCAGAGUACCCACUGCCGCUCCUCAUUAAAAUAGAGGACGAGAACGAUAAUUACCCGAUCUUUACACAGAAACUGUACAGCUUCACAGUUCAGGAAAAUAGUCGCAUUGGUUCUAUUGUGGGGGAGGUCUGUGCAACCGACCUGGAUGAGCCAGACACAAUGCACACUCGCCUGAGGUACUCCAUCCUGGAGCAGUCGCCUUCUCCACCCAUGCUAUUUACUAUGCAUCCCAGCACUGGUGUGAUCACUACCACGUCGGCUCAGCUGGACAGAGAGUUAAUUGACAAGUACCAGUUGCUAAUAAAAGUCCAGGAUAUGGAUGGCCAGUAUUUUGGUUUGCACACAACAGCAAAGUGCAUCAUUACUAUUGAAGAUGUGAAUGACAACCUGCCCACGUUCACUCGCACUACGUAUGUGACAUCAGUGGAAGAAAAUACAGUUAAUGUGGAAAUCUUGCGACUUACUGUUCAGGAUAAAGAUUUAGUUAACUCACCUAAUUGGAGAGCUAAUUACACCAUUUUGAAGGGCAAUGAAAAUGGAAAUUUUAAAAUCGUAACAGAUCCUAAAACCAAUGAAGGCAUUCUGUGUGUGAUUAAGCCUCUGGACUAUGAAGAACGGCAACAGGUGACCCUGCAAAUUGGAGUAGUUAAUGAAGCUCCAUACACUAGAGAGGCUAGCUCAAAGUCACCCAUGAGCACAGCCACAGUGACUGUCACCGUGACAAAUCAGGAUGAGGGCCCCGAGUGUAUCCCUCCAAUGCAAACUGUGAGGAUUCAAGAAAAUGUACCAGUUGGGACUAGAAAUGAUGGAUAUAAGGCAUAUGACCCAGAGACCAGAAGCAGCAGUGGCAUAAGGUACAGAAAGUUAAGUGACCCAAGAGGGUGGGUCACUGUUAAUGAAGAUUCAGGAUCGAUCACUAUUUUCCGAGCGUUGGAUCGAGAGGCUGAGACUGUCAGAAAUGGCAUUUACAAUAUUACAGUCCUUGCGUUAGAUGCAGAUGGGAGAAGCUGUACUGGAACUCUGGGAAUCAUACUUGAAGAUGUGAAUGAUAAUGGCCCAUUCAUACCCAAGCAGACAGUGGUGAUAUGCAAGGCUACCAUGUCCUCUGCUGAAAUUGUUGCAGUUGAUCUCGAUGAUCCAGUGAAUGGCCCACCAUUUGAUUUCAGUUUGGAGAGCUCUGAUUCGGAAGUUCAGAGGAUGUGGAGGCUAACAAGAAUCAAUGAUACAGCAGCUCGUCUUUCCUAUCAGAACGACCCUUCAUUUGGAUCCUAUGCAGUUCCCAUUCGAGUUACAGACAGACUUGGUCUGUCCUCAGUAACCACAUUGAAUGUCCUUGUAUGUGACUGCAUUACUGAAAGUGACUGCACACUCCGCUCUGGAGAAAGGACUGGCUAUGCUGAUGUGAGACUUGGACCAUGGGCCAUCCUUGCUAUACUGUUGGGCAUAGCCUUGCUAUUUUGUAUCCUGUUUACAUUAGUCUGUAGUGUUUCCCGGGCAUCAAAACAACAGAAAAUUCUUCCUGAUGACUUAGCUCAACAGAACCUAAUUGUAUCAAACACCGAGGCUCCUGGAGAUGACAAAGUUUAUUCCACAAACGGCUUGACAACUCAAACUAUGGGAGCUUCUGGGCAGACAGCUUUCACCACCAUGGGAACUGGAGUCAAAAGUGGAGGGCAAGAGACCAUUGAGAUGGUAAAAGGAGGGCAGCAGACUUUGGACUCACGCAGAGGGGCUGGCUAUCAUCACCAUACCCUGGAUCCUUGCAGGGGAGGACAUGUGGAGGUGGACAACUACAGACACACUUACUCAGAGUGGUACAAUUUCAUUCAGCCCCGACUUGGUGAUGAAACCAUUAGAGGACACACUCUGAUUAAAAAUUAAACAAUAAAAGAAGGUACAGUUUUGCCAUACGGAUGACAACCAGAAGCUUGCUCAAGACUACGUCCUCACAUACAACUAUGAGGGAAAAGGCUCGGCUGCUGGCUCUGUGGGUUGCUGUAGUGACCUACAGGAAGAAGACGGGCUUGAGUUUUUGGACCAUCUGGAGCCCAAAUUUAGGACAUUGGCAGAAGUAUGUGCAAAGAGGUGAACGACUUCUAAUAGGAAAACGAAAACUAAUGGAUUCACUGCCUUGCCCUCCCUGCUUUUCACUGUAAACCAGGAGUUUUCAAAAAACAGAAGAUGUUAUAUUUGGGGCUCCCUCUCCUAUCUCGGUCUGCAGAAUCUCCAUGCAAAUGCACAUUUACAGAGAAACUUUGCAAUUAGUACUUGAAAACCAUUAUGCAUGGAUUUCAAUUACUUCUUUUUUACCAGAUGACAUCUUAGGUGGAAACUUAAGGAAAUUUGCAUUACUGUUUACAUUGGGUAUAAUGACAGCAGCCAACUUAUAGUGCAAUAAAGUUGAAUGGAUUUGAGUCUAUUAUAGACUAUUGACUAUAACCCAAUUGGAGACUGUAGACACCAUUAUCUCCAGUUAAUGGAUUAACUGGUUGUUCAUACGGUGCUUGGAAACAGUUGUUUUCCUAAACAUUCUAAACUGUAUAUGCUGUGCCUUGCUUUAGUUAUAUUCUUGUAAUAUGGCCUGGCUUCAUAGUACAAAGGUAGAUUGCCAGGCAGCCUUUGAGUGUGCUUGAAAUUCCAAUCCAGUGGGUGUUAGCUUCUGUUCUGUGUAAAAUCCUGCCCUGAAUCACAAUCUCUUUUGUACCAACUUUGUCAGUUAAAUUUAGUUUUCAAAACUUCUUUAUAAUGUGUUCUGUUUUUCUAAAAGUUUUGUCUGUGAACACCAAAUGCUCUAAACUCCCAUCUUCUCUAUUUUUAAUUUUUUUUUCAUUUUCUCUCCUGUUUGACUUUGCAAGGUCUGCUUCCAAGAUAUUCCUAAAACUUAUCUUUUCUCAUAAAAUAGUUGGUGUGUAUGCAUAUCAUUGUUGGUUUUCUUAAGCUCAAUAUAAUAGCAACAUUAUUGUUUUGGAUUUUUUGGUAAUUAUUGCUUCAUUUUUGUCCUUAGUAAAGAACUUUUAAUUUUCCCAGUGAAACUAUGGGACUCUUUCAUAAUCUUUUUGAAGCAAUGUUCUUCGUGACAGAAGCAAUAGUGUAUUUAGAAGUAGGUUGUGGCAAUCUAAUAUAGAAUAGCAUAGUUACAAUUUCCAUCUUUAAUUCAGGGACCCUGGAAGUGGGAAGUAGUGAUAGAGUUUAGACUAAGCAUCUCAGCAUAAUAAUCUCAAACAAUCUCUAGGAUAAUGCCUUCUCCAGUGUUUUAGAUGAUAUGGCUAGUUAUAAUUGCAUUGUUGUAAAAUUAGUUUUAGAAGCAGUUUGUAAUUAUAGUUAUUUUAUGAAAUAUAGGAAAUGGGCCAAGCAAUUUAAAAUUUUUUAGAAAUUUACACACAAGUAAACUUCAUACCACAGGACACACUCCCUUCAAUCAGUGAGCUCAGCACUUAACCUAGAUGGAUGGAUAUUCUAGGUUGGAUAAUUGGUGCAAUAUAGAUAUGUGUGAUUGUUCACUGUGUGUCUGUCUUGAAUUUAUCAAGUUGGCUUACAACAAUUGUUUUCAGAACAAACAUUGGGAAAAAAUGUAAACAUGAACUAUGUAUGCAGUGAGGUCAUUAUUACUUAGUGAAAAAUAUUUCUCAGAGUUAUUUUUAAUAAAUUAUAUAUAAAAUGGU